UUUAAUAUACAAAUUACAAGAUAAAAUGGAUUAAAGAAGUCUAUUAGAUGGUGUGUAAAAAUUAAGAUGGACAAAUACUCUGGGACGGAGGUAAUAUUUCCUAAAAAAAUAAGAAGUGUUUCAUUAAUAUUCUGUAUAGUGUGUAAAAUGUUAAAAUCCACUUCUCUAUAUUGUUUUGUCUUAUUUCUUGAUAGUUUCAGGUUUUCCAAUGUUACAGAUCAGGCCGGGUUGGGCUGAUAUAACACUUCAGGCAGUUGCUCCUUAUUUAGUGGAACUCUUGGCAUUUCAUGAUUUUGUGGUUAGGUUCCUUAUGGAAGAGAUGGAGGGAGAGAGGUGUCGCGCCCCACGAGAUCGCAGACGCCGCACCGGAGAAGACGACGCGAGCAAUUGUUCGACGAUAGCAGCAGAAAAGAAAUUGAGUAACCCGAUGCGGGAGAUAAAAGUCCAAAAGCUCGUCCUGAACAUUUCCGUCGGAGAAAGUGGAGAUCGUCUCACGAGAGCUGCAAAGGUGCUGGAACAACUCAGUGGCCAAACCCCUGUUUUCUCUAAGGCUAGGUACACUGUGAGGUCCUUCGGUAUCAGACGUAAUGAAAAGAUUGCAUGCUAUGUCACUGUCCGGGGCGAUAAAGCAAUGCAACUCCUUGAGAGUGGAUUGAAAGUGAAGGAAUAUGAGCUGCUAAGGAGGAACUUCAGUGAUACUGGUUGCUUUGGAUUUGGUAUUCAGGAGCACAUUGAUCUUGGAAUCAAGUAUGAUCCCUCAACUGGUAUUUAUGGUAUGGAUUUCUAUGUUGUCUUGGAACGUCCUGGUUUCCGCGUUGCACGUCGAAGAAGGUGCAAGUCCCGUGUCGGGAUCCAGCACAGAGUCACUAAGGAAGAUGCAAUGAAGUGGUUCCAGGUCAAGUACGAGGGUGUUAUCCUUAACAAGUCCUCCAACCUUACAUCUUAGGGGUGGGUUGUCCUUUCAAUUUCAGACUUGUUGUCUUCUAAUCUUUUUAAGUGCACCAACAAUUUGUUUUUUUUUAGUUAUAAAGUUUUGAGUUAUGG